AUGAGAUUGGCAAUACAGGACGGUCCACCUUGCAUGCGCUGGUCUGCAGGAUUCUUUAGCUAUUUUGUGGAGAUUGUCCUUACAAUUUGGCAACUUGGUAUCUGCUGUAUAUAUCUCAUCUUCUGCGCCGAAAAUAUUAAGCAGGUCUGCGAUUAUUACGGCUAUGAGCAGUCCCUACGAAUGCACAUGUGUUUCCAACUUCUUCCUCAGGUGUUAUUAAAUUUGAUAAAAACACUCAAACUUCUUACGCCGCUCUCGACUAUUUCUAACUUGUUGACGAUAUUGGCUUUCAUUCUUGUGUUCUUUUAUCUCAUAGAAGAUGAUUUGGUUGUAGACAAUGAUAAAUUAGUUAUAAAAGAGUUUCUAGGUAUUCCCAUAUUUAUUGGCAUAACGCUAUUUGCCUUAGAAGCAGUUGGAGUGGUAUUGGCGCUUGAAUACAAUAUGGAACAUCCCAAGCAUUUUGUGGGUUUAUUUGGACUUUUUAAUAUUGGCAUGGUCAUCAUAAUAGUCGCCUACGCGCUGGUUGGCAUUUUCGGAUUUCUCAAAUAUGGUUCCACUGUUAAAGCUUCUCUCACGCUCAACCUACCACAGGACCAAAAGAAAGCGCAAGUCACCAAAGUUGUUUUUGCGUUAGCAAUCUUUCUGUCAUUUCCUCUGCAGAACUUUGUUGCUUAUAAUUUGAUUUGGCGCAAGAUAAGAAAAAGACUUCAUGAUGCAAAGAAAAUGAUUGUAGAUUAUAUACUAAGAAUAGCACUGGUUGUGUUACCGUGGGCCCUAGGAAUGGCAAUGCCGUUCUUAGGUCCAUUCAUCGCUUUAUUCGGUGCCUUCUGUCUAUCUCUCCUGGCCAUCAUAUUCCCGGGUCUUAUGAGCUUCUGCCACUGGUAUCCCAACCUCUACGGUCCGUGUUACUACAGACUGCUAAGGGACCUCUUCGUUGUCAUCGUGGGCGUAGUGAUGCUGGCCGCCGGCUGCUACACAAGCAUUCUUGAAAUAAUCGAAUCGUGA